UUCAAAAUAUGACGUUCGCUUUCACUCAAACCCUAAUUCCACUAAACCGUCACCAAUUUCCAUUUAUACUGAUCUCAUCCUUGAAAUCGAGAGCCAAAUUCACCCAAAUCGUCGCUGCCCUCAAGAACCCUUCUAGUUCUUAUUCGAAAUCCUCUUCAUCGGAGAUGGUGAAGGCGAUCGUAGUUCGCGAGAUCGGAGGCCCUGAGGUGAUGAAGUGGGAGGAUGUGGAGUUGAAAGAACCAAAGGAAGGAGAAAUUCGAGUUAAGAACACUGCGAUUGGUGUGAAUUUCAUUGAUGUGUAUUUUCGCAAGGGAGGGUACAAAUUUCCAUUGCCUUUUGUUCUGGGAAGAGAGGCUGUUGGAGUGGUGUCGGCUGUUGGCCCGGGUGUGACUGGAAGGAAAGUUGGGGAUGUUGUUGCUUAUGCUGGUGAUCCUAUGGGUUCCUAUACUGAAGAACAAAUUCUUCCUGACAAAGUUGUUGUGCCUGUUCCACCUUCAAUUGAUCAUAAAGUAGUGGCAUCAGUUAUGCUGAAAGGCAUGACAGUGCAUGUUCUACUUCGACGUUGCUUCAAGGUUGAACAAGGACAUACAAUUCUUGUUCAUGCUGCGGCUGGUGGAGUUGGUUCACUUCUUUGCCAGUGGGCAAAUGCUCUUGGGGCCACUGUGAUUGGAACUGUUUCUAGCGAAGAGAAAGCAGCUCAAGCUUCUGAAGAUGGAUGCCACCAUCCCAUUAUAUAUACCAAGGAAGAUUUUGUCGAAAGGGUCAAUGAGAUAACUUCAGGCAAAGGUGUCAAUGUUGUCUAUGAUUCUGUUGGUAAAGAUACAUUUAAGGGAUCCUUGCAAUGCUUGGCAUCAAGGGGAUACUUGGUCAGCUUUGGACAGUCUUCAGGCGCUCCGGAUCCCUUCCCAAUAUCGGACCUUGCUUCCAAGGCUCUUUUCCUGACACGGCCUAGUCUUAUGCAUUACACUGCUACUCAGGACGAGCUGCUGGCAGCUGCAGAGGAUGUCUUCGCAAACCUUGAAUCUGGUGUGCUUCGGGUUCGGGUCAACCACACAUACCCCUUGUCUGAGGCGGCUCGUGCACAUGCUGAUUUGGAAGCGAGGAAAACAUCCGGUUCCAUAGUCUUGAUACCAGAUAACUAGUUCAUGUUUAUAAAUUGGGACAAUGACAUUGUGUUCCUUUCGCCUUGUAAAUUGUAAGGUAUGUGUUUCGUUUUGGUAUUGGUAAGAGCUCUUCCAAUGACGUUGUUCCAUUUACAGAUAAUAUUACUGUCGCUGUGCCCGGUAAUAAAUCACUGUAUGUUUGGAUGUUAUAAUAAAAGCAUCAUUUCAUCUUGUUCCUGA